AUGUCCUCCAAGCAGCUGUUUGAUUUAUUACCUUCUCAAUUAAAGAAUUUCUUCAAGAGCUACCCACCAUCGAUUCAAUAUGCAACUAAACCAACGUCAACACAUGCAAUCAAUGCAAACCCAUUUCUACCAAAUAAGCAUCCAGUAACUAACCGUUACCAUGAUCCAAAGUACUCUUUGAGAAGAAUGAGUGACCUUUACAAGAUGGCAUCUCUUUACGGAGUGCAAGAUUUACUACCACCAAGAAACAAGAUGUUCUUUGAAGAGAAAUACGACAAUAAGAAAAUGAUGAAAGGUGUAUUAAUGCCCAAGGGUCACAAGCAUGAAUUAGUACAUGAUGAAAAGAUGGCAAAGAUGGCUGAAGCUAUAAAGAAUGCUGACAAGUACAUCAUGGAGGUUAAAGGGUCUAAAUACAAAAGAAGAAUUGAAAGAAAACAAGAGGAGCAAAGGACUACAUGGUUCUGA